UGAAUCCUUUCAAGUCGCAGCUCUCCUUUUCUCCGCCACAUCGCAGCCUCAACCAUGCUUGCCGACGGGUAUAUCAUCUUUCUCACUGUUAUCCUUGAUCUUUGUGCUGCUGUUAUCCGGUACCGAACCGGAGAAUGGUCCUCUCCCGCCAAGUUCUUUCUGGUCUGCUCGCAUUUGACCUUGCUGGGCGUUGCCUUGCGGGCUACAACGGGACUCACGUAACUUACAUCCCGGAGUCCACCGAGUGGGAUGGGGUCCAAUCUGACCGUCACCUUUGACACGGUCAGUGCCGACUACGUGAGUCUUUACGCGCAGAAUGGGGAGCUCGCCAAGCGCACGAGGAUUGCCACUGCUGUGGCGUACGCGACGGUGGUCGGCGAGGUCUCAACCCUCGUUCUAGCCGCCGAGGCUGGCGUCAAUAUCUAUCAGUACAUUGCGGCGAUCAUUAAGGCCAAGUCCACCGCCUACUCGUGCACGGUCACCUACGGCGUCGACUUCGAAGAAAGCUGUGUCGAGGGCUACGCUUACGAGGCCACGACCUCCGGCUCGAACUGCGAGACCACCGCGGAGAAAAAGACGAUCUUGGCCGCUGUCGAGAAGUGUGCCACCGCCCUGAGUGCCGCCGGCGCCGUCCGUGGUUGCUGUACGAUGACCCAUGGAGGGACCUGGGAGGGUCACUUGCGCUUGACCGCGGAGCCGAGCGUUUACCCUGCUACUACGGUGACUUGUUUAGUGAAAGGGUCUCGGACAAUGGGUAGCGAGCUGUGA